CCACGCGGGUCCAGCGUAUCAUCCAACAUCACCAACAGCUACCGUUACACUGGAGGGGCGCCUGUUCAGGUCGCGGUGGCGCGUCACGGGAGCGCGCGCACACACCGUGGGCUGCUCCUUUUUGCGCAUACAGCUGUGGUUCGGCGUGAGACACGCGGGCUGGUUACCGAGUUGAUUUAUUCUCGGUGUAGUUUGGAGAGGAGGCAUCGGGGGAGAAGCUUUCAGCGCAAACGGGAGGCUGAGGAGCGGACAUGUCAGGAUGCUGAUCCCAGCAGAGUCAGCGGGAGCUGCAGCUUCUCAUCAGCACCAGCCCGGUUCAUCCUCCCUCUAACUUUUUUUUUUUAACCAGCCGAAGUUGUUAGUUUUGGGGUCCAGUUGUGCUCCGCUCCGCCAUGGUGGCUUCCCCGGUCCACGGAGCGCUCCUCCUGUGCGCCCUCCUCCAGCUGUUCCCUCUACCCGGCGGACAGGCGCCAAACUGCCAGGAGGUGCGCACUGCGUUUUACGCUCUGCACCCCGGAUCCAAGUGGGUCCCCGAAAGCCCGGUAUCAGGUGCAGAUCUGCAGGUUUGCCAAGCCAAAGGCCCGACCUGCUGUUCCAAGAAGAUGGAGGAGCGGUAUCAGGUGGCCGCACGCAGCAACAUGGAGUCAGGUCUGCAGGUUGUCAGCGCUCAUCUCAAACGUCUCAUUAUCCAGAAUGCUGCAAUAUUCCAAGAGGCCUUCGACCUGGUGCUGCGUCAUGGCCGUAACUCCACCCUGACCAUGCUGAAGUCGGAGUUCCCUGGUGUCCUCCCUGGAGUUCAGAGCUCUGUAGGGCAGCUCUUUUUGGACAUGUCGCUCUACAUCCUCGGCUCGGACUCGACAGUGGACCACAUGGUGGCGACGUUCUUCAACAAACUCUUUCCCUACACGUACCGCCGACUAAUUGGAGGCAGCUCCUCCUCCAUGUCGGAGGAGUGUUUACGAGGAGCCUGGAAGGAUUUGACGGCAUUUGGUCCUUAUCCUAAACUGAUCAUGACCCGUCUGUCUCGCUCCCUCCUAGCCACACGAGUCUUCCUGCAGGCGCUGAACCUGGGCAUCGAAGUGGUGAACACCACGGACCAUCUGCGGCCCAGCAGGGACUGCAGCCGGGCUCUGCUAAGGCUGUGGUACUGCCCGCACUGUCAGGGCAUGCUGGCGCCACCGGCAUGCAGAGGCUUCUGUCAGAUGGUCAUGCAGGGCUGCCUGGGGGGCGCCGCGGAGGUCCAGCCUCACUGGAGGACCUACAUUGAUGGACUGGGGAAGCUAGCUGGUGGCAUGAGAGGGGAGCAGGAUAUGGAGGCUGUUGUUCUUAGGCUGCCGUCGAUGAUUAAGCUGGCUCUGAAGCAGAUUGUGAACGCCCGCAGCCGGCUCAGCACCCUGGUCAGCGGUAUGUGUGGACAUGCUACCAAGCGAGCCUCUCGCUCCGUAGAGACCCCUCCUCUCCAUCAGCCUCCUGCUGCAUCUGCUCCUGAUGUUCAGCCCUCAGAUUCUGAUGAGACUCUGGCUGGCCUCCGCAGGGAGUUCAUUACCAGCUUGAGAGGCUUCAGCUCCUUCUACAGUGGUCUCGGUGAGGCGUUGUGCAGCCGUGAGCCAGCUCCAGCGAACAACUCCCUCUGCUGGAACGGGCAGGAGAUGACAGACAGGUAA